AUGACGCCCAGCGAAGUCGAGGCCCUCUUUGAGAGCACCAGGCAGCCCAGCAUCGGCACGUUUGAGGAUGAAGAUGGGAAUAUUGUUCUGACGCAGGAAGAGAAGUCACGACGGGUUGAGAAGCUGAGGGAGGUUCUCACCAGCGUCCAACAGCUUGUGGCGGCUGGCUCGGAGGAGCUGGAUCUGAUUGCGCAGAGAAUCGGCGAUGGAAGUAGAGAUGUAUUAUGGAGAGUACCCUUGGGAGAAUCGGGGCUGCUGGAGUUCUUUGUUGGCCUUAUCGGCAGCACGGAAUUGAGGCAGGCUCUUGCGAUCCACACGCUUCGCAUCAUCGGCAACUCAUGUGCAGAUACUGAUGAGAACAGAGCUCGAGUAGUUGCCUCCAACUGCCUGCCAGCUAUUGUCAACAUGCUCAACGAUGAUUCCAUCCUGGCCUUCGUCAUUCCGGUGUUGUUUAACAUAUGCGUUGACUACGAGCCAGCUCAAGUUGCAGCAUAUAAAGCUGGUCUAAACCCAGAGCUCGUCAGUCUGAUAUCGAGUCCACGGUUGGCCAAUGCACAGUCUUUCAUGAACUACAUCUGCAAGCUUCUAGGACUUAUUGCCAGCCAGGAACCAGAAGCCAACCUAGUUCACACGGGGACUCCUUUCAUCCUCCUUACUUUGGCUACGAGCCCUCAGUCGUUGGCAGAUUUGGAGGAUUUCCUGGGUCAGCUUUCCGUAGGCUUGACCUACCUCUCCAACCCACAGUUCCAAGACGCUUUCCUCAAUACACCACAGUCCAUCCCGCUGUUUCUUCACGCCUUCAGCAAGGCAUGCGUCAACUUUGAUAUCACAGAGGCCGACGAGAGCGAGGCUACUCAGCUGAAGAAUGUGCAGUCCGUUUUCACUCAAGCUCUAGCUGACCUCUCCGCCAACCCAAUAUUUGCGGCAUCGUGCCCCAUUGGAGGACCAGAAGUGCAGACGAUGCAGUGCUGGAUAUCAACGCCAUGCGUUCAGCUGCAGAGCGCAGCCUGUCUGGCGCUGGGCAAUAUUGCCCGGUCUGACGACGCAUGCAUCACGUUGGUGCAGACCUACUCCAUCCACAAGCCGCUGGUCGCUAUCAUAGCCGAUGACUCGAAUACCGACGCGCAGCUGUUACACUCGACACUCAGCUUCCUCAAGAACCUCGCCAUUCCCGUGUCCAACAAGCCCCAUCUAGGUGAAGCCGGACUCCUGAACGCGAAUCUUCUCCCACGGAUAUGGGGUCUGGACACUCAGAUCCAGGUCCAAUUCGCCUCUGUCUCUCUUACCCGCUUGCUCCUCGUUUUGUGCUCAGCCAACGUCCAGCGCAUGUGCGCGCCUCUUAGUGACGAUCCCAACUCCCCAGCACAUGAACGCACCCUGCUACACCAGCUCAUGAGCCUCUUUCUCCGCUCCGACCAAGAACCUACAAAGACCGAAGCGGCCCGCGCCGUACUUGCCGUCCUGCGUGUGCUGCACUCCGGUCCCGACGCGGCCACCCUCCUUCCACAAUCCCUUUCCCCUUCUCAAACCCGCAACACGGUCUCCUCAUCCUGGUACGGGCCAGAGACAGAGGUAGCGCAACCGGCUACCUCCAGCAAGGCAUCAAAACCGCCACCACCUAGUCACCUGGGGCGGUUCUACAAGAACCACGACACUCUCCCCAACGCCAUCCUCUACCUAAGCACCAAUACCAAAUUCCCCGUCCUCCGCUCCGAACUCUGGUUUGUCAUGGCCCUCAUGUCGCGCUCCCCCGACGGCGCCAACAUGGUCGCCACUUGCCUCCUACAAAUCGACCUCCUGCGGUCACUCCUCGAGACCGUAGGAGGCAAGGAGGCCUUUGAGGCACGCAAUUUUGAAUCAGCGGAAGGAGCAGAUUCGAGCAUGGUUAGCGGGCUGGGCCUGGAGCCGCAGCAGAUCGAUCCAAGCAAGAAAGCGGGGAUGGUUCGUGUCGAUCGCGAGAAUUGUCUGGUGCUGAUUGCAGAGUUGCUGCAGCGGUGUCCGGAGCAGUUGAGGCCUUUGGUGAAGGAGUCUCUCACGGAAGUUUUGCGCACGGGUGGUCAGUUGGUCUUGGAUGAUCGAGCUGCUGGUGCUGGCAGGGCUUGA